UAUUUUAUUUUAUUUUUAGGAUUUACAGAUGAUCAGAACUUUGUGACAAAGACUGUUGGAGAAGACGUGACUUUGACGUGUACCCGCCAGAAAUCAAACUUGUCCCAAGUAACUCUGUUUUGGAUCAGACUUGUUUCUGGAGACUUUCCUGAAUUCUUGGGAGGAACAUUUACCUUUGACUAUGAUGGUGUUAAUAAGACUUCUCGCAUUACAGUAAAACAAGAGCCUGGAACCUUUCUUCUCCAUAUUAGUAAAACAAGCUUAAGCGACACUGGAGUUUACUACUGUAUAAAAGUAAACCGACUUGACAUGACAUUUGUGAAAUCAACCUUUCUAAGAAUUAAAGGACCAGAACCAGAUGUCACUGCAGUGAUUCAAGUCCCUCCAUCUGAUCCAGUCCAUCCAAGAGAAUCAGUGACUCUGCAGUGUUCAGUCCUAUCUGACCCUGAGAACAAAACAUGUCCAGGAGAACACAGUGUGUACUGGUUCAGAGUCGGAUCAGAGUCUCAUCCCAGUAUCAUUUACACUCAUAGAAACAGUGGUGAUGAAUGUGAGAAGAGUCCUGAGGCUCGAUCUCCUCAGAAAUGUAUCUACAACUUCUCCAAGAACAUCAGCUCCUCUGAUGCUGGGACGUAUUACUGUGCUGUGGCCACAUGUGGAGAGAUAUUAUUUGGAAAUGGAACAAAACUGGACACUGAAGGUAACUGCUGA